GGGUGCACAUCGUAGGCAAUGAAACAAGAAAUACGAAUAGCCGCUCAGAUUCAUGCGUGAAAGCUUCAGUUUAAGAGUCGUGAAAUGGAUGUAGUAAAACUUGUCUGGUGAGCAGUUGGAUUACCGUAUUUGCUUCAAAUAAAGCCUCCAUGUUUUUUGUUUCACAAUGGGAGAUCGAGGACAAAGGCGCCGAGUGAACUGCUGGUGGGUCGCUGGGAUUUUGUUGCUGUGCUUUGGGCAGCGGAUUUUGGCUCAGCUAAGAUACUCUGUUCCAGAAGAGGUACAAGUGGGAUAUCCUGUUGGAAAUGUCGCUAAGGAUUUAGGGCUUGACCUCAGCAGUUUGACGGACCGAAGGUUUCGUAUUGUUUCGGGGCCCAAUCACGCUCUGUUUCAGUUAAACAGUAACAAUGGAGUAUUGUAUGUCGGAAAAAAUGUGGACCGGGAAGAGCUCUGUGAUGGAACCAAGGUUUGUUUGAUAAACCUGAAAAUUGUUGUUGAAAGCCCACUGGAAAUACAUUACGUUGGCGUUGAAAUAACAGAUGUUAAUGACCAUUCACCCACUUUCCCAGAAAGCGAGCAGCGGCUGGAAAUAGCAGAGCACACUCCCCCAGGUACUCGUUUCCAGAUCCAUGCGGCCAGAGACCCUGAUGUGGGUGCACAGUCAGUGCGAUUAUAUAAACUCAGCCUAAAUGAUUUUUUUGAUAUUGAAAUCAGGGACAGCGAGGAGGACAAGAUCCCGUUUUUAGUGCUGAAAAAGUCUUUGGAUCGGGAGCAAAAGGCAGAACACCGUUUAGUGCUAACAGCUCUCGACGGGGGCAGCCCUUCCAAAUCUGGGAGCCUGAAUUUGACUAUCACGGUGCUCGAUACAAAUGAUAAUCGACCUGUGUUUAGCAAAGAUAUAUAUACUGUGUCAUUAGAGGAAAAUUCCCCUAUUGGAACGCUUGUAAUACAAUUAAACGCUACAGAUUUGGACGAAGGUUCGAACAGCGAAAUUGAAUACACGUUUGGAAAAACACAAAAGAAAAAAGUGCAUGACACAUUUGAAUUAGACAGCCUCACUGGGGAGAUUCGAGUGAAAGGAAACGUGGACUUCGAAGACACAGAGAUUUAUAGACUAGACUUGCAGGCGUCGGAUAAAGGGCAGCCUCCUUGGACAGCGGAAAGCAGAGUUGUGAUAAAAAUUAAAGACAUUAACGAUAACCAGCCAGAUAUUGAAGUAACAUCGUUGUACAAUGUAGUCCCAGAAGAUUCAAAGCCGGGAACUGUCAUCUCUCUCAUCAGCGUCACGGACAGAGAUUCGAGCGUUAACGGAAAAGUUAUUUGUAAAAUUUCGGAUAAUGUUCCGUUUGACUUGACACAUUCCAUUGAGGAAAACAUGUACUCUCUUGUCACGAAAGGGCGUUUAGACCGAGAACGUGUGUCCCAUUAUGACAUCACAAUAACUGCUACUGACUGUGGUGAACCUCCUCUUUCCACUAUAAAAACCUUGAGUGUUCAGGUGUCUGAUGUGAAUGACAACAGACCAAUUUUCAGCCAAAAUCCAUAUGAACUUUAUUUGGUAGAAAACAAUACCCCGGGCACAUCGAUAUAUUCCGUAAGUGCUGCUGAUAAUGAUCUCAAUGAAAACGCAGCAAUCACAUACCACAUUGUGAGAGGUGAUGGGCUGCAGGGUGAUAUGACAUCUUUCUUGAAUAUAAAUUCUGAAAAUGGACAAAUUUCCGCCCUAAAAAGUUUUGACUUUGAGACCCUGAAAACGUUCCAGUUCCAAGUCGUGGCCACAGACUCUGGAACUCCGUCACUGAGCAGCAACGUCACAGUGAACGUGUUCAUUCUGGAUCAGAACGACAACGCUCCAGUCAUCCUGUAUCCAGUCAGCUCCAACGGCUCUGCUGAAGGUGUGGAGGAGAUUCCCCGCAAUGUGAACGCAGGACACUUGGUGACUAAAGUCAGAACCUAUGACGCUGAUAUAGGAUAUAACGGCUGGUUACUCUUUUCACUGCAGGAAGUCACUGACCACAGUCUCUUUGCUUUGGACCGCUAUACAGGACAGAUCAGAACACUUCGCUCAUUCACAGAGACAGACGAGGCUGAGCACAAACUGCUCAUACUGGUCAAAGACAAUGGGAACGUUUCCCUCUCAGCAACAGCUACUGUGAUUGUCAAAGUGGUGGAGCCCAAAGAGGCUUUUGCAGCCUCUGACGUCAAAAGUGCAGCCAAAGAUGAUGAGGGGAAUGAUGUGACUUUUUAUCUCAUCGUAACUUUGGGCUCAGUUUCAGUCCUUUUCCUCAUCAGUAUCAUCGUGCUGAUUGCAAUGCAGUGCUCCAAAUCCACAGACUAUACUUCUAAAUAUCUACAAGAGACUAAUUAUGACGGGACACUGUGUCACAGCAUCCAGUACAGAUCUGGAGACAAACGCUACAUGUUAGUUGGACCCAGAAUGAGUAUAGGAUCUACUAUAGUCCCUGGCAGCCAUGCCAACACACUGGUGCUCCCUGACAGGAGACGCACUUCUGAAGAGGUAAGCCGAUGUUUUGUCUUUAAUUGAAGCUGUUUUUCACGUACUCAUAGAC